CAUGGCACCAAUUGGAUUAAAGGCGGUCGUUGGCGAAAAGAUUAUGAAUGAUGUCAUCAAGAAGGUGAAGAAAGGAGAGUGGAAGGCUUUGAUUGUGGACCAGCUCAGCAUGAGGAUGCUGUCCUCUUGCUGCAAAAUGACUGAUAUCAUGACAGAGGGCAUCACCAUUGUUGAAGACAUUAAUAAGCGAAGAGAGCCUCUCCCGUCACUGGAGGCCAUUUACCUGAUCACCCCGACUGAGAAGUCCGUGCAGACUCUCGUCAAUGACUUCAAAGAUCCCCAUUCAGCGAAAUAUAAAGCGGCUCAUGUGUUCUUCACUGACUCUUGCCCGGACCCCCUGUUUAAUGAUGUGGUGAAGAGCCGUGCCUCCAAAACCAUUAAAACCCUAACUGAGAUCAACAUCGCCUUCCUGCCCUAUGAGUCCCAGGUGUUCUCUUUGGACAACCCUGAUGCCUUCCAGAGUUUCUACAGCCCUCAUAAGACACAGCUGAAGAACCCUGUGAUGGAGCGGUUGGCAGAGCAGCUGGCAACGCUGUGUGCCACACUGAAGGAGUACCCUGCCGUCCGAUACCGAGGGGAGUAUAAAGAUAACGCCACUCUGGCUCAGUUGCUUCAGGACAAACUGGACGCCUACAAGGCAGAUGAUCCCACAAUGGGGGAGGGUCCAGACAAGGCUCGCUCUCAGCUCAUUAUUCUGGACCGAGGUUUCGACCCCGUCUCUCCUGUCCUGCACGAGCUCACCUUUCAGGCUAUGGCCUAUGACCUGCUGCCCAUCGAGAACGAUGUCUACAAGUACGAGACCAGUGGAAUAGGAGACUCUCGUGAGAAGGAAGUGCUGCUGCAUGAAGACGAUGACCUCUGGGUGGCACUACGGCACAAACAUAUUGCUGAGGUCUCACAGGAGGUGACACGUUCCCUGAAGGAGUUUUCUGCUAGUAAACGGAUGAAUACUGGAGAGAAGACCACCAUGAGGGAUCUGUCUCAAAUGCUAAAGAAGAUGCCGCAGUACCAGAAAGAGCUCAGCAAGUACUCAACCCAUCUGCAGUUGGCCGAGGACUGCAUGAAGCACUACCAGGGAACCGUGGACAAGCUGUGCCGUGUAGAACAGGAUCUCGCUAUGGGAACAGACGCUGAGGGCGAAAAGAUUAAAGACCCCAUGAGGGCCAUCGUGCCAAUCUUGCUGGAUGCCAACGUCAGCACCUACGACAAGAUCCGCAUCAUCCUGCUCUACAUUUUCCUCAAGAACGGGAUCACAGAGGAGAACCUUAACAAGCUGAUUCAACACGCCCAGAUCCCUCCUGAGGACAGUGAGAUCAUCACCAAUAUGGCUCAUCUGGGCGUCCCAAUCAUCACGGAUUCUACUCUCCGCAGAGGCAAGAAGCUGGAUCGUAAGGAGCGUGUGAGCGAGCAGACCUAUCAGCUUUCUCGCUGGACCCCACUCAUCAAGGACAUCAUAGAGGAUGCUAUCGAUGACAAGCUGGACACCAAACAUUAUCCAGACAUCUCAACACGCUCGUCCUCUUCCUUCAGCACUUCUGCAGUCAGUGCUCGAUAUGGCCACUGGCACAAGAACAAAACCCCUGGAGAGUACCGUACGGGCCCUCGCAUCAUGGUCUUCAUUAUUGGAGGCGCGUCCUUUAGCGAGAUGCGCUGUGCCUAUGAGGUCACACAGGCUAAUGGCAAAUGGGAGGCCAUCAUUGGUUCUACUCACACGCUCACCCCAACCAAAUUUCUAAUGGACCUGCGGCACCCCGACUUCCGAGAAUCCACUAGGGUGUCCUUUGAGGACCCUGACCCCUCAGACGAGUGAGAGAGAGAAAGAGGGAAGGGUGGGAGAGAGAAAUCACACUCUGACAAAGUUCGACCCAUAUCACCGGCCCCACCCAGCUUCUGGACGCUCUCAAGGCCAUGAACAAACCCGACGAGGAGCAGACAAGC